GUCCCUUGAAAAUGAGUUCCUCAAGAGUGCAGAAGUGUGUGUGUAUUACUUUACCCAGUGAUCCCUCUCAACAUGAGUACUGCUAAAGAAAAAGAAUCGCUCGUUGCGGACAAGCGGGCCUCUCCUCCUGCCUAUUCCGGACCACCACCACCGCAGGCGGUAGUGUACCAGCAGCCCCAGCCGCAGUACGCGGUGGUGCAGCCAGGGUACACGGGCUACCCACCUGGAGACCAACUAUACAUGUCAAUCUUCACCAUCCUCUGCUGUUUUAUGCCAUUCGGGAUCAUUGCACUCAUCAAGAGCAUAGAAGCCCGGACAUCUUACCAGCUGGGUCAUCACGACCAGGCAGCCGCUGCUGUUCGCUCGGCCAAGGCCUUCAACCGCUGGGCGAUCAUUGUGAACGUCAUCAUCAUUGUCUUGGUGUUCCUCAUACAGAUGGCCUGGAUCAUCCCGUUUCAGAUUUCCCUCGCUACAAAUACCAAAGAUUGA